AUGACCUCCACGAACUUCAUGUUGCUGACAACGCUAAACGCAACAUUGGGAAACUCAACAACUACAACCUCGCGAGCCGUCUGUUCACUUUCUCCACACGCAAGAGCCAUCAGCACUGUCCUCGCCGCCUUCGUAGGCUCCGUUAUCGGCGGCAUCUCCGACAGCUACUUCACGGCUUUUUAUACCACAUGGAUCUCCGGGAUAGCCUCGCUACGAAUCUUGGUCGUCAGCGUAUGGGCUAUCAUCGAAGUUCUUCAAGGCAAUCCUCUCAAAGGUGAUGACCAAUUUCACAAUUUUUAUGGGCAGAUUCCCGGCUUGGGGAAACUCGGGAAUGGAUUUGGUGGCACCCGAGCUUUCGACGACCCUUUCUUCCGCAAGGGUGCGGAGGCGCAUGAUCCCGCCUUCCUGGGGUGA